AUGUUUGUGGCGCCGCCGGAAGUCCACCAGAGCAUCAUAGGUGUUACUGGCAAGGACGGUAACGAUAUUAAUGGCUACGACGUUGUCGCCUGGAGUCUUGAGCAGAGCUGCUUAAACAUUGAGCGCUCCCAGCCGCUGCGAGUGCUGCAAGGCUUGAGUCAUCAUCACCGACAAAACACGAUGGCUCGCUUCAGGGAAAGAUAUGAUAAUCUUGAAGACGUAGCCAACGAGACGGAUGCUACGAAGGGUUUUAUAUCGGCAUUCAGAGAGAAAGAAGAGCAGCGCCUCACGGAUCUUUACGCUCCUGCGUCCCUCAAGACCAGCGGCGUCCUAUCUGUCAUAGAUUCUAGCCAAAAGGAUUCUGAUCCCACUGUACAAAAGCUGCUCGCGAUUUGGCGAAGUGUGGAUCUCUCUAUUUCAGCAGGCGCGUCGAUGCACGAGGAGCAUGAGCGAGAAGUGGCCCAUGAAGUUGAACAAGAGACACAGAUACAGCGCCCUCCCCACGUGAAGGCCGUCAGACGUGUGGUGGACAUUUCGCUUCGACAAUUCGUACGCACUGGUAGCGAUCUCAGUUUCCAACAGUUUACUCAAGCACAUGACGUUGUCGGUCACACAUCAGCAAAAGAUUCAAUCGCAGCCGAGCUGUUUGGUCAUCUAAGAGUGACCACGGAUUUCCCCCGGACGGUGGACCGCCCGCAGUCUGGCUACUACGAUAGCUAUCUUCGUCCUGUGAACUGGGUUCUCACAAGCAAGCAGUAUGCCCAGCCUGCCAACUUGCUUCUGGUCUCACAGUACGAAGUCAACGAGCUCUUCGAUGAGAUUCACGCGAAUUCUGCAAAAGUCAAGCUGCAUAUCUACGAGCCCCGCGUCACGAAAUCCCUGCGUGCUGUGGAUCUCGCACCGCCUGGCCGAACAUGUCCUUCUGUGGUCGGCUGGCAAAGCCUGACGCAGAGACUUCGGCACGAGCUGCAUCUGUUUGCCGGCCAGCUAUACUUCAACACAUUUGAAGAAUACCGUGAGCUUCUCACAGACGUGAUUAGUGCAAAGUCCACAGUCCAAGCCGAACAAGCUCUCAGAUUCAUCAAGGCUUGGGUUGCUAUCCGUCGCAAAGGGCAGAAUUUCUGGCCGACCCAUGUUGGACAGAUGGUCAACAAUCGCACGAUCAAAGAAGGGAGGGCUUUUGACUGA